CCGCCAUGCUAGGAAUUUACGAUGCUAUCGCGAGAGACCAAUCGAACGACAUCUUUCGAGCGCUGGAGAUAUCGACACAAUGGCCAAGAAAGCAAAGGCAAGAUUGAUCAACGUCCGGCUCAUCUCCAUGGCCAUGACCGGCUUCUUCUACACCUUCAAGCGACCUAGAACGGCGCCCAUGAUGGGAAUGCUGAAAUAUGACCCGAUAGUCCGCAAAAAGGUCCUGUUCCUAGAAACGAAAAAGCGAUCCAAAUAGAGAUAUUUCCGAGCAAUGUAAAAUUUCAAAAUAUACACCUCAGGAACUGGAAAUUAAUGAUUGGGUUGCGAGCGGUCUCUUCGAACCUGCGGCCGCCUAUGUACAUGUAUCAAUAUGAAGAGCAUUUCUGGAGUUUGGGGAUGGGCUGGCAUUGCGCUCGAUGCGCUGACAGGUCACGAUAUCUGGUCUGAUUGGAAUAUAAAUUCACUCCCAAAUAUGUCCACUUUUGAUCCAUUUCCCAUUCUAGCUGUGGAACAGUGAGUUGCUGCCAAAAUAAGCUGCCAAAAUAAGCUGCCAAAAUAAGCUGCCAAAAUAAGCUGCCAAAAUAAGCUGCC